GGUGAUAGUGACCUGCAAGAUAUAUACACAAGAACAAGCAGAUAAGAAUCGUAUUCUUGUGAUCUCCUUCGUUAACCAUCGUUACAGCAAAAAUGGGAACCAGGGCAGAUAUAGUUUGUGCAUUGCUGUUCAUUGUAACAACAGUUGCAGCUAUGAUGCCAGAAGGCAGAAGUAGAGCUAUAGAUGCUGUAGAUUCAGACACCAGCUAUCGCCUGCCAAAAACCAGCAAACCUGUAUCGUAUGAUGUCUAUCUCAAGCCUAUUUUUGAAUCGUUUACAUUUGAUGGUAUUGUGAGGAUUAAAGUACAAGUACUUGAAGACACACAGAAUAUUACCUUACAUAGUAACAGACACACCAUCACAAAUAUUACAGUUAUAGAAAACAACAAUUCUACAUUGGACAUAAACACAACAACCAACCCCGAGAAACAUUUCCUCACCAUAAGCAGUGAAACAGGCUUUACAAGAGGCACUGAAUAUGACAUACAUAUAAUAUUUACAGGAGUUCUUUCAGAAGAUAUGAAUGGAUUUUAUCGGAGUUCAUACACUAAUGGUAGUGAAAUAAGGUGGCUUGCAGCAACACAGUUUGAGUCAACACAUGCAAGAAGUGGCUUCCCGUGCUUUGACGAGCCUGAGUUCAAAGCUACGUUCAAGAUCACCAUUGACACUCCACAAGGAUACCACUCACUAAGCAACAUGCCUGUACUUGCAUUCAUAGAAUCUGAUGAACUUGGCUGGACAAAAUACGAAUUUGCAGAAACAGAAGUGAUGUCAACAUACCUGGUGGCAUUUAUAGUGUCAGACUUUAGAAGUCUGAGCAAUAGUGCCAAGUAUAACUUCUCAGCUUGGGCUCGUCCAAAUGCCAUUGAUAAUGCUGUUUAUAGCCAGAUUGUUGGGCCACAACUGGUAGAAUACUACGAGGACUACACAGGUAUAGAAUACAAGUUUCCCAAGAUUGACCAAGUAGCUGUGCCUGAUUUUGCUGCUGGAGCAAUGGAAAACUGGGGACUCAUUACAUAUAGGGAAACGGGACUGCUGUAUUAUGAUGGAAUAUCCACAGAGAGUAACAAGAAGUCAACAGCGCUUGUCGUUGCUCACGAACUUGCCCACAUGUGGUUUGGCAACUUGGUUACUCUACAGUGGUGGGACUAUACGUGGCUGAACGAGGGAUUUGCCCGUUUAUUUCAGUACCUUUCAACAGCUGCAGUGGAGACAGAUUGGCGGCUCAUGGACCAGUUUGUAGUGGACCAAAGUGCCCAACCUCUAACUAGUGAAUCUAACACUCCUGCAGAGAUAUCAGCCAAGUUUGGCACCAUUACUUACAGCAAAGGUGGCUCUGUGCUCAGAAUGUUGAGGCAUAUACUCACGCCAGAAACGUUCCGGAAAGGAGUGCAGAGAUAUCUAACUGCACAUUCUUGGAACAAUACAAUACCAGAGGACCUUUUUGCUGCACUGGAGGAGCAAAGGAUAGAAGAUAACAUAGAUUCACAUCCAGUGGAUCAUUUCUUUGUGGCAUGGACCACACAGCCUGGCUACCCAGUCAUAUAUGUCACAAGAGAAAAUGAUAAAUUCACGGUCACACAAGAACGGUUUCUCCUGAAAGAUGAUGAAGUUACUGAACAACUGAAAUGGUUCGUGCCACUUACGUGGACAACAGAAUCACAGGCUCCUGUAGGAUUUGAAUCAACAGAAACCAAAGACUGGAUUUCUCCCAGUGACACGUCAAAAGAGUUAAAUAUAGAAACAAAUCCUGGAGAGUGGAUAAUAUUUAACAACCAGGAAACAGGUUACUACAGGGUAAACUAUGACCCUGAGAGCUGGAAACUCAUCAUCCAGGGCCUGCACCGCGACCAUAACGUCAUCCACCCUGUGAAUCGAGCCCAACUGCUGGAUGAUGCGCUGAACCUUGCCCGAGCUGGGAAAUUGGAAUAUUCAUUGGCCCUUGAAGUUACACAUUAUCUUGGACUUGAUCAAGACUACAUUCCUUGGGCUGCCGCUCUUAACGCCUUCUCUUUCCUUGACAGAAGGCUUACUAGUGAUGAUGGACAUCAAUAUUUUAAGAUUUUUGUAUUAAACCUGCUUAGAGGCGUGUAUGACGAGCUUGGAUUUGAGGAAAAGAGUGGUGACACCCAAGUAAGGCUACUACACAGGGUCAGUGUCCUGACAUGGGCUUGUCGCCUUGGACUGGAGGACUGCGUCAACAGAGCUGUAGACAUUUUUAAAGCAUAUAAAGGAGAUGCAGAAAACAAUCCAAUUCCUGCAAAUCUGAGAAGUCUAGUUUUCUGCACAGCCCUGGAAAAUGGAGGGGAAGAAGAGUGGAACUUGCUAUGGGAACGCUACCAAGAAUCAGUCAUCACCACCGAGCAAGUGACCAUCCUGUCGGCUCUGGGUUGCACCAGGAAUCAAUCUCUCCUGGCACAGUACCUGGAAAAGUCAAUUGACGGCACGUCUGGAAUCCGGAAGCAAGAUGCAUCUAGUGUGUUUUCAGCUGUGUAUAGCAAUCCUGAUGGAGUAGCAACAGCUUUUAAUUUCCUCAAGGAUAAGUUUUUGGAAAUCGCCAACUUUUAUGGAGGCAUGAACGCCGUUUCCAACAGCAUAACUGGCAUUGCAGGAAGACUAACCACAGAAGAACAAGUUGAUGAACUUGAAAAAUUCAUCGCUGAUAAUCGUGAAGCUCUCGGAUCUGCGGCAGAGUCCGGUACGAAUGCGGUAGAGGCUGCUAAAGCAGACUUGUCAUGGACGAGUACCCACAAGGACGGAAUUAUCACUUGGUUAAGAAACCAAGUAGUACCAGGUGGAAAUGGUAGUGGUAAUAUUGCUAUAAACAUAAUCAUAAUUACUGCUACAUUCCUUGUAGCUGUGUGUACAUAAUGUCCAUAUUUGUAUUUAUAAAGUAAUAUGUAUUUUUGAUGGAUAUGCAAAAUU